AUGUCUUUCUCUCCAGAGCAACAGCACCUGAAAGACCGCUUCGAUGCCGAGCUCGGCGCUGCAGCAUUCGAUGAGUCUUGGUCCAGGAUGCUCAAACACUCCCCGGAGAUGUUCGCUGCGUCAUUACGCCUAACAGCAAUUCCAAAAAGAACCGGCCAUCUGUCCUCUAAAAUUCAAGCUCUGAUUUCUCUCGCUGUAAGCGCAGCAUCGACACAUUUGCACGUCCCAAACGUCCAACGGUAUACACGUGCCGCCAUAGCAGCAGGCGCCUCCCCUGCCGAAAUCGUCGAAACGCUAUGUCUCACAUCUACACUCGGUAUUCAUGCCUCUACAGUCGGCGUACCGAUCCUCUUUGAAGUUCUCGAAGAGCGCGGCGAGGCGAUGCCAAAAGGCGUGUCAAACAUGAGUCCCCAGCAGCUCGCCCUGAAGCAAGACUUCGAAACCAAGCGCGGCUACUGGAACACGUUGUGGGAAGAAAUGCUGCUUCUCGCACCCGACUUCUUCGAUGCGUAUACAGAGUUUAGUUCGGUGCCGUGGACGAAUGAGGGCGGGAAAGGGGUGCUUGAGCCAAAGGUCAAAGAGUUGAUAUAUUGUGCAUUUGACACUGCGGCUACGCAUAUGUACCAGCCGGGACUGAAGUUACAUAUGCGGAAUGUGUUGAACUACGGUGGGACAAAGGAAGAGAUUAUGGAAGUAUUGGAGCUGGCGACGCUUUUGAGUAUCAGUACGUUGGAUGUCGGGUUGGAGGUGUUGGACUAUGAGAUGGGCCGUCGAUCAAGUCUGCAGUCUCCCAAAGUACCUCGAGUAUAG